AAACCUGCAGGUCGCGCGCUGAUUGGCCGCACGCGUCUCUCUGAGAACUUCCUCCGCUGGAAACAACACACGCGCAGCGACCCGAUCCGUGCCCUGAUCCUCGAACCGAACCGAGCCCGAGCCGAUGCUGGAUCUGCGUAGAAGAUGGCCGAGUUGAGCGCAGUCCGACAGGAACUUAGAAACAGAAAUCUGAGCAGUUCUUUCGGGGAGUCUCGGUGUACGUCACCGCAAAAAGAUGAGCAACAAAAACUGGCCGUGCCGUUCUGUGGCGGCAUCCGGGGGGGAAUGCGACCGGGGAAGAAAAUCACCAUCAUGGGCGUCGUGAGCGCUGAUCCAGACAGUUUCGACAUCAGCCUGACGUGCGGGUGUGAAGACGUGGCUCUGGAUAUGUGUGUACGAUUCGAAGACCGGGAGAUUUUGCGAAACGCCUGUGUCUCUGAUAGCUGGGGUGAGGAGGAGAGGUCAAUGCCGUAUUUUCCCUUCAUCGCAGAGCAACCUUUCAGGGUCGAGAUCAUCUGCGAGCACCCGCGCUUCCUUGUGCUCGUGGACGGCCAUCAGCUGUUUGACUUCUACCAUCGCGUGACGCCGCUGACGUCCAUCGACACCAUACAGAUCAGCGGCAGUGUGACCAUCACCAAGCUGAACUGAAGUGAAAGCGCAGGGAAGACCGUCUGUGAUACUGAAGGACACUCCAGAAUCUGUCGAGCUGAUGAAUUGAACUUCAAACCUCUUUUUUGAGCUGUGAGGAGGCUUUUCUUUUCAUGAGCAUCAUAAUUAUUAUGCUGAAGUCAACAUGAAACGGCACUUUACAAUAGUACAAUAAUGAUAAUUCAUAGAAGUAUAUUUAAUUGUUAGUUUAGCUUACGUUAGCUAACAUGAGCCUGAAGUGUGUUUUUCCAGAAAAACUGUGCUGCUGGUGAACACUUUUAAAGGUGCAGUAAUCGAUUUCAGAGAAACAUUGUUGAUACUUAAAAUACAAAUUUGAUGCGAAGCAAAAUAAUGCUUUGCAAAGAUGACGAAUGACAACAUAAAGUACACAAGAGAAUAUACAAGCGAGAGUUUGUUGUUAGAUGCCACCGGCUCACUCUCCUCCAUCAUGAGUGGACACGCCCCCAACUGCUGAUUGGUUCACUCUCUCUCCUUCAUCAUAAGUGGACAUGCCCCCUACUGCUGAUUGGCUCACUCUCCAUCACGAGGUGACACGCCCCCACUGCUGAUUGGCUCACUCUCCAUCACAAGGGGACACGCCCGCAAUGCUGAUUGGCUCACUCUCCAUCACGAGUGGACACGCCCCCUAAUGCUGAUUGGCUCACUCUCUCACCCCCAUUAUGAGAGGACACGCCCCCUACUGCUGAUUGGCUCUCUCUCCUCCCCCAUCAUGAGUGGAUACGCCCCUACUGUUGAUUGGCCACUCUCUCCUCCAUUAUGAGUGGACACGCCCCCUACUGCUGA